UACUAGUCGGUGCAGCCUGUGACGUAGUUCCGUUUCCGGUGUAAACAAGCAAUCCAAUGUGGCGGCGGCAUUUGUAAUGAGAAGAUACAGAAAACUUCAAACUUGAAUAUUACAGUUUGUUGACACAUCAUUCACCACUAUGAGUGAACCGAGGAGUGAGGAGAGUAUUAUUCGAUACUACUGCACCGCUGGUAACGGGAUGGAGCGGUUUUUAAUAGACGAGGUGAAGAAGAAGCUGUCAGCUAAAGAUGUUUGUCAGAAGCCAGGUAAAGUGCUGUUCAGCUCUUCAGCAGGCAUGGACACACUCAUUGAGCUGAAGUCUGCAGAGAGACUCUUCCUUCUGAUCAAAGAAGACUCACCUGUGCAGCUGUCUGCCCACAUCAGCCCAGCAAAAGCCACCUCUGUGCUGCAGUCAAAACUGCUGGGUGACAAGAUUCAGUGGACCAGUGCGUUAAUGACCUGGAGCCGCCUGCAGGGGGAGCUGACUAACAAAAGGAGGACUGUAAACGCAACACUCUCUGCCCUGGGAGUGUCAAUGAAGAAAGAGGAGGAGAGACACAGUAAGGAUAGGACACAAGAAGAGGAGAAGUGCAAUGUGAAGUCUACAAAAAGUACAGGGGAGCAAAGGGAUGAAGAGGACAGGAGGCUGGGGAAUGAUGAACAAAAUGGAAAACAGGCACACGAGAAGAAGAACAGGGAUAAGGAAGAGACUGGUGCGGAAGGAUUGAGAGAGACACAGAGAAAGUGGGAAGAAGAGAAGAAUAGAGAAACCUCUGGUGAAUCCGAGACUAUCAAGGAAAAGAGGAAAAGGAAUGAACAUGAUGAUAAAGGAGAGGAGGGAAAGUGGGGUGUUACUCAGGACUCUUGUAAGAAGAAUAUCAAGAAAAGGAAGACUUCUGAAAAACAACAGGUGGAAGAGGAAGAAGAAGAAGGAGGAAUUGCUGCAGGGUUUAACAGCUUUGUAAAUAAAGGUGAACAUGCAGUGACGUCGGGAAUAAAAUUAAAUCCCAGAGACGAUCGGAAGGAGUAUUCUGUUUCAAAUGAGGACAAAGAGAAGAUGUAUGGGGUAAGAGAUCCGACUCAUCUGGAAUCCAGCUGCAUCAAACCUGGGCCUCCCUUAGUCCCUGUCUCUUUCAGGAUCAACUGCAAAUGCACUGGAUCUCUCUCCAGAUACUUCAGCACACAGGAGGUGAGCAGAGUAAUUGGAGUUGGCCUAAACAGACUGAUGGGCUGGAAAAGUGACCUGAAGAAUCCAGAGCUGGAGGUAAACGUUUAUUUAAGUGAUGACUACUGUCUACUUGGAAUCCCACUGACCAGGUUACCGCUGGCUAACCGGAGCUACAUCAAAACCACAGGACUGAGGUCCACUGUAGCAUGGGCCAUGGCCUCACUAGCUCAGAUUCAGCCAGGUUUCUGUGUGGUCGACCCCAUGUGUGGAGGGGGAACAAUCCUGAUAGAGGCAGCACGGGAACACAAGGCUGCCUGCUUCCUGGGCAUGGACAUUGAUGAUGGACAGCUGCAGAGGGCCAAUGAGAACAUAGAGUUUUCAGAGAUGGGAAACAGGAUACACCUGCUGAAAGCUUCUGCUUUGGCUCUGCCUCUGCCCAGCGCCAGUGUGGAUGCUAUAGUCUGUGACCUCCCAUUUGGCAAGAAGUUUGGCACAAAAACGGACAUGGCUGCCAACCUGCCUCUCAUCCUCACUGAGAUGGAGAGAGUUCUUAGUACGGGUGGAUCCUUGGUUCUCCUUUUAAGUCCUCAGUUAUCCUGUCUCCUGAAAAAGUUCCUGGCACAGAAAGAAACUGGACUUACGCCUAACCAUGAAACAAAUUCUGCAACAGGGACAAAAGACUGCCCAUCCUCUUCUCAAUCUUCCACAAAGCAGGAGACUUCCCAAAUCAACCAGGGAGUCAAUCCCCCUCAGUCUGGACUGACCCACUGUCUGUGUCUCUCCUCCCUGAAGCACCAGGCUACUUUUAGGGUUAGCUUAGGUGUGAUAGACGGCCUUAUCCUCAAAUAUGUCAAGAUGGAAACUUGAUCAGUACGGGGUAAAGCAACAUUUCAAAGUCAGUUACUUUUCUCAGUCCAUUUCCUGAUAUGUCACACUUAGAAACACUCUUUCCUUUGUUUGAGUCCCUGCUGUUUUUCAUCUGCAUAUAAUGUAAAGAAUUAAAUGUUUUAUUAUUUUCUGACAAUUGUACAUGUUUGAGCUGUGGAUUAAAAAUUCUGUAUUUCCAGGGGUACAUUUUUGGUCCAUAUUCCUUUCCUGUAUCUUUAUAAGGGAAAAGAACAGUCGUACAGCUUUUGGACGAAGCCUUUAAGGACAGGUUCAUUACGGUAACAUUUAUACUGGUAUGUUCUUUUCAAUGUUCAUAAAAUUCAAAACUGUCAUUUGUAAACUCCUCUCUAUCUUUGUCAAAAAGAAAACAUGCUCACAAAUAGUUUUUUUUUUGUUGUUGUUUUUAAAGGUGUUUUCCCCUUAUAUUAUGUGGUAUUUAAGUUUUUUUUAAUCAAAUAUAACUCAUAUUGGAGAAAAACUUGUUUGUUUUGGAAGGUUUUUAGCCUCUAUAAAAAAUGUUGGUUUUGUUGAAACUUAGACACCACCCACACAGUGUAUGUGAAAUGUUUUCAACAUAAACUACAGCACCCAAACCCAUCAAAUAAUGAUGCUCACUAUUUUUUCCCCCUGGAAAACAUUGAGUUAAAUUCCACUAAUGAAAUAGACAAGAAAUACAUGGAAUAUAUAGAGCCAUCUUGUUUAAAGAGAAACUAUAAAGUGCUCUGUACUGACACUAUUGUUCAGGCUGGAACAGACUGAGUGGUCUAUAGGCUGAAUCACAAUGCUGCCAUCUGCUGCUGUUUAGCCCUGCUUAGCCCAGUUUUACAUCAAGAGGACAAGGCUAUUCUGGAUUUAGUAUUUUCAUGCAAUUCUCCAUUAGCUAAACUUUAGGUGUUUAUGCUGCCUGUGCAAUAAAAAACAUGUCUUCAAACUCA